UGCAGUCAGAUAGUCAUUGUCAGAGAGGUGAAAUGGCGCAGAAAGGAGUUCAGCUGGACCAGGAGACCUUCUCUUCUUCCAUCUGUCUGGAUCUACUGAAGGAUCCGGUGUCUACUCCCUGUGGACACAGCUACUGCAUGAACUGUAUUAAAAGCCACUGGGAUGAAGAGGAUCAUAAGAACAUCCACAGCUGUCCUCAGUGCAAGCAGACGUUCACACCGAGGCCUGUCCUGCUGAAAAACACCAUGUUAGCAGAUUUAGUGGAGGAGCUGAAGAAGACUGGACUCCAAGCUGCUCCUGCUGAUCACUGCUAUGCUGGAGCUGAAGAUGUAGCCUGUGAUUUCUGCACUGGGAGAAAACUAAAAGCACAGAAGUCCUGUCUGGUCUGUUUGGCCUCUUACUGUGAUCAACACCUCCAGCCUCAUUAUGAUGUUCCUCCAUUAAAGAAACACAAGCUGGUGGAGCCCUCCAAGAAGCUCCAGGAGAAUAUCUGCUCUCGUCAUGAUGAGGUGAUGAAGAUUUUCUGUCGUACUGAUCAGCAGCUUAUCUGUUAUCUCUGCUCUGUGGAUGAACAUAAAGGCCACGACACAGUCUCUGCUGCAGCAGAAAGGACUGAGAGGCAGAAAAAGCUUGAGGGGAGUCGACUAAACAUCCAGCAGAGAAUCCAGGACCGAGAGAAAGAUGUGAAGCUGCUUCAACAGCAUGUAGAGGCGAUCAAUGACUCUGCUGAUAAAGCAGUGGAGGACAGCGAGAAGAUCUUCACUGAGCUGAUCCGUCUCCUGGAGAAAAGAAGCUCUGAUGUGGAGCAGCAGGUCAGAUCCCAGCAGAAAAGUGAAGUGAGUCGAGUCAGAGAGCUUCAGGAGAAGCUGGAGCAGGAGAUCACUGAGCUGAAGAGGAAAGACGCUGAGCUGAAGAAGCUCUCACACACAGAGGAUCACAACCAGUUUCUACACAACUACCCCUCACUGUCACCACUCAGCCAAUCUACAUCCAGCAUCCAUAUCUGUCCUCUGAGCUACUUUAAGGAUGUAACAGCGGCUGUUUUAGGAGUCAGAGAUAAACUACAGGAUGUUCUGAGAGAGACGUGGACAAACGUCUCACUGACAGGAAGGACUGUAGGACUGGCGGUAAACAGAAGACAGAGUAGAUGAGACCCUCAUGUGAGAAGGGACCACAAAGAUUUGAGAUGCUGGAAGGGGCCCACAGAGAAUGCGUAUGUACAGGGACCAGAAUGUUUUGCUACGCCCCUGCUGACUCUAGAGGAUGUUUUAAAGUCACAACAAGAGCCCAAGA